CUAGAGCAGCUGCUGGCCCUGGGGGGCAUGGGCAGCAGGACUGGGCAGCUUGGAGCAUCCACUGCCUCAUCCCACAGAGAAGGAGGGACCUGCUGGUUCCUACCAGCCUUUCCCAGAGCCCUUUCUUUGACUCUAGGACCAAUUCAGCAAUCAAUUACCAUUUUUCUUAAUCUCUUUUAAAAAAAGGGUGUUACCCCCUGCUCUGAGCAACCUUCCAGCCUGCAGCUUUGCAAGAAAACACCUUGGAGCUCUCUGCUGCUGAUUCCUGCAUGGAGGCAAAACAUUUGGAGAGGCAGAUCUGGGACCUUGGGAGCAGCAGGGAUCUGUGCUGGCUGCUGGCAGAGCCACCACUGCCUUCCAGCCCGGGGUGAUGCAGGGAACAAAGCCCCACCUAAGAACCACGGCUGUCUUCCCUGGGCCCCUGCCAUCCAGGGCUGCUGGAGGAUGGAAAAAUCUCCAAAACACCAAGAAGCUUUUGGAAAAGGCCAUGAAUACAGCUGGGGGUUUACAGGCCAGCACUCAAAGCUGGAUGUGAGAACCUUCUCCGGUGUGCUGCCAUCAUGAGAAGGUUUAAGGACCUGAUUUUAUGGAUGCCUAAAUAAAUACAUGGAGCUAAUAUAUCACAAUACAGGGCAUAUUUAUCUGCUUUGCCGGAGUGGGAUAGAAUUAGACAGCAGUGUCUCUCUCAAGGCCAGCCCCGCUGUAAUUCAUGCCCCGAGGCAACCAGCCGAGGGGAGGAGGAGGAGGAGGAAUUCUGCAGGCAGCAGUAUUGAUGGGCUACUCCCAGAAGCUUUGUUUUAAUUAAUUUUCAGAGCGCUCCUUGCAGUGGAUCAGGCAGCUCCUUCAAAGCCUCCUUCCACCCACUGCCCGAGCUCUUGUGCAGGGUCUGGGGCAGCAGAGCCCGGAGCCCCCCUGCUCCUUUGAGGCUCCAGGCUUUUGGUUAAACAGUGCAAAAGCUGAUAUUGUUUUUAACCAAGAGGGUUUCCCCCUGGCCAAGAGGCCUCUUUGAUGGCCACAGCGUGGGCAGGUGAAUUUGUCACAGCUUUUCUCUUCCCCUUUUUAUUGACUUAUUGCUUGUUCCUGCUGCCAGGGGUCAGUGGGGCGCUGGCUGGACUUUGCCAAAAGUCCACCCCAACCAUCUGGUUCCCAGGUGCUGACGCAGAGCCCUGCCCUGAGACAGAGGGGAUUGACCAGCGGGUUUGCAGCCCGGUCGGGUGUGCAGUGGUGAGGCUGGAACGGGGCUGUGCCAGCUCCAGAGCUUCUCCCGAGUAAGCAGCUUUGUGAACCUGAACUGCAUUUGCCCCACCAGCAGCAAGGUGACAGCAGCAAGGUGACAGCAGCAGCCACAGCUCAGCGCCGAAUUCGGGGUGACCCGGCUGACAUGAAGGGACCUGUCCCCAUCCAGGACGCCAUGGCAAGUGACACGGAGCCCUCCAACACCAUCAAACUGCUGCACCUGCUUUUCCUGUCCACCUCCUGGGGGAUGCAGGUCUGGGUGACCUUCGUGGCCGGGUUUGUGAUGAGCAGGCACCUCCCUCGCCACACCUUCGGCUCCAUCCAGCGGGAGCUCUUCCCCUACUACUUCCACAUCAGCUCCACCUGUGCCUUCCUCAACCUGACCCUGUUUGCCAUGUCCCACCCCAGCGAGAGGCUCAGCAAGGAGCACAUGUCCCAGACCAUCAUCUUCCUCGUCUGCAUCGCCGCCUCCGUGCUGAACACGCAGUGGUUCGGGCAGGUCGCCUCCGACGCUGUGGCCGAGCUGCAGCUGGUGGAGAGCAGCCACGGGCUGGGGCAGGAGCUGGGGCUGGCAGCCAGUGAGCCCCACAGGCAGCUCCGUGUCCCCAGCCCCAGCCACGGGCAGCUGGCCCGGAGCUUUGCCCUCCACCACGCUCUGUCCUCCCUCUGCAACCUCCUGUGCAUCGUGUGCAAUGGGCUGAGCCUGCAGCACCUGGCUGCCCAGCUCUCUGCCCUCUGAGGGCACUGCCCAGCUCUCUGCCCUCCGAGGGCACUGCCAGGGACGGCUGCACAGUGCCCACCUCCUCCUGCCUCACUGUAAAGCAAGCCCCAGCUUUGGACAUUAAACUGCAGCAUCCUCGGUUGGAGAUAACUCUUGCUGUGUUUGUGCGCGCUGCAGAAAUUUAGGAACAGCGAAAUGGAAAUGUUUUCUCUAGAGCUGCCUGCAGCCAGGCUCUGUGAUGGAAGCAGGAGUGUUUUAUGGCUGAACAGCUUUCUAAUGCCCUGUGCAUUGGCUGUGUCUAAAGCUGCAGUGUAUUCCUGCAGAAGAGAAAGAAAUGAGAGAUUGAGAAUUACUUCUAAUUAAAAGCCAAACGCUAAUACAGAA